CGGAUUCCACGCGGUGAACUUAAAACUCGGAAAUAUAAGUAACGGAAGACUUCUGUUUCGAAGGUCCGAAGGGUCGUUUGAAGGGGUCGCAAAAAAUAUUAAAAAACCCUAGCAGGCGAACCCGUCGUCCCAAAUCGUCUUCUUUGCCGGGUUUUGAUAAGUUAUCGAUGGCUACAAGGAGGAUUCAGAAGGAGUUGAAGGACUUGCAAAAUGAUCCUCCCACAUCUUGCAGUGCAGGCCCUGUUGCUGAGGACAUAUUCCAUUGGCAAGCAACGAUCAUGGGGCCUGUUGACAGCCCCUUUGCAGGUGGUGUAUUUUUAGUGUCAAUUCACUUCCCACCAGAUUACCCAUUCAAGCCACCAAAGGUGUCAUUCCGCACCAAGGUUUUUCAUCCCAAUAUCAACAGCAAUGGUAGCAUCUGCCUUGAUAUUCUCAAGGAACAGUGGAGCCCUGCACUGACAAUAUCCAAGGUGCUGUUAUCUAUUUGCUCACUUCUGACGGACCCUAACCCCGAUGAUCCACUGGUACCAGAGAUUGCUCACAUGUACAAGACUGACAGAGCCAAGUAUGAGGCAACUGCCCGCUCUUGGACACAAAAAUAUGCCAUGAGUUAGAAGCCUGGGUCCAGUGCUUCCAUGUUACCUUUUAUCAGCAAAUAAAUAGCAUAAGUAGUUUUUUAAUGGGGUCGAUGACUUUCUUCAGGUUUUUCAGUUAUCGGUGAAUUGCUUGGGUGACAGCUCUAUGUCUUUGUAGUGGAUUUGAAUACAGAUAUCUAAUAUACCUGACAGCUCUAUGUUUUUGUAGUGGAUUUGAAUAUUGAUAUCUAGUAUUGUGAUACAUUGUCUGCUACUUGUUGAAGGGCACAAUGUGCAAUUCUCUUGUUAA